AGAGAGAGAGAGAGAGAGAGAGAUAGAGCUCAGAGAGAGAGCUAAGAGAGAGGGGGAACCGCUGGACAGGAGCAUCCAGCACUGAUCAGGGUGUCAUUCAUUUCUUCUGAUGUUCCUCAGACCUCAGCUGUGCUCCGUCAUGCAGCGGGCAGCGGUCCUGCUGACUCUCAUCAGCGCCAGCGCAGCUCUCAGACCUGAGUGGAUUCCAGGAGAUUACUCUCAGACAGUUGUCGAGGCUCAGAGGUUUGUAGAAGAUUACAACUCAACGGCAGAGGAAGUCUUCUACUUCAGCUCAGAAGCCAGCUGGAACUACAACACUAACCUGACUGAGCACAAUUCCAAGCAGCAGGUGAUCGCAUCUUUGGAAGAGCAGGAAUUCACAGAAGCAUGGGGUCAGAAAGCAAAGGACACAUUCUCUGAUUCUUUCAUUGAGACGCUAAAUCCUGAAGUGCAAAAAAUCCUCAGCAAGAUAAAAGUUCUGGGACCAGCCAACCUCCCAACCGCAGAGAGAGAGAAAUACAACACCCUUCUGAGCCAGAUGGACAGCAUCUACUCGACAGCGAAGGUGUGCCACAGCACGAAGGAAUGCUGGUCUUUGGAGCCUGAGCUCACAGAAAUCAUGGCUAACUCCAGAAGCUAUAAGAGACUUCUGUAUGCCUGGGAGGGUUGGCACAACGAAUCUGGAGAUCGUCUCCGAUCUCUCUACCCUGAGUUUGUAGAGCUCAGCAACAAAGCGUCCAGGAUGGAUGGCUUUCCAGACACGGGCGCGUACUGGCGUUCUUGGUACGAAUCACCGACCUUCGAGCAAGACCUCGAGAACCUGUUUAUACAGCUUCAACCUCUUUACCAGAACCUGCACGCCUUCGUCCGCCGCAAACUCUAUGAUUUCUACGGCCCCGAGUACAUCAACCUCAAGGGUCCGAUCCCAGCCCACCUCCUGGGGAACAUGUGGUCACAGACUUGGAACAACAUCUAUAACAUGAUGAUCCCUUUUCCUGACAAGAACAAUGUAGAUGUGACUGACACCAUGGUGGCUCAGGGUUAUAAUGCCACUCAUAUGUUUCGGGUGGCCGAAGAGUUCUUCACCUCUCUGGGAUUGAUUGCUAUGCCGGACGAGUUCUGGGACAAGUCCAUGCUAGAGAAACCGAGCGAUGGGAGAGAGGUGGUCUGUCAUGCAUCUGCCUGGGACUUCUACAACCGGAAGGACUUCAGAAUCAAACAGUGCACCACCGUGACCAUGGAGCAGCUGUCUACAGUCCAUCAUGAGAUGGGUCAUGUAGAAUAUUAUCUCCAGUAUAAAGACCGGCCAAUUAGCUUCAGGGGAGGAGCUAAUCCUGGCUUCCAUGAGGCCAUAGGAGAUGUUCUGUCUCUGUCCGUAUCCACACCGAAACAUCUCCACACCAUUGGCCUUCUGGACCAAGUGACUGAUGAUGCUGAAAGUGACAUCAACUACCUGUUGAAGAUGGCUUUGGAGAAGAUUGCCUUCCUGCCGUUCGGAUACCUCAUUGAUCAGUGGCGCUGGGGUGUCUUUAGUGGACGCACACCACCUGAGCGGUAUAUAGAAUGGUGGUAUCUCAGGACAAAGUACCAAGGAAUCUGUCCUCCAGUCAGACGUACAGAAGAAAAUUUUGAUGCUGGAGCGAAAUACCACAUACCUGGAAACACUCCAUAUAUCAGAUACUUUGUGAGUUUCAUCCUUCAGUUUCAGUUCCAUGAGAAAUUGUGUCUGGAAGCCGGACACACGGGACCUCUGCACAAGUGUGAUAUCUACAGGUCAACAAAGGCCGGAGCUGUUUUGGAGAAAGUCUUAAUGACUGGAUCUUCAAAGCCCUGGACGGAGGUGCUACAAGAGGCUGUCGGAACAAACAAAAUGGAUGCCAGCUCUCUCAUGAACUAUUUUGAGCCAGUUACUACCUGGCUGCGAGAACAGAACGAGAAGACUGGAGAGACGUUGGGUUGGCCUGAUUUUGAUUGGGUGCCGCCCGUACCAGAGGGCUAUCCUGAGAACAUCGGUAUGAUAUCUGAUGAAGUUCAGGCGAAACGGUUUUUAGAUGAAUACAACAGCUCAGCGGAGAAGGUUUGGAACGCUUACACCGAGGCCUCCUGGACUUACAACACUGACAUCACUGAAGCCAACAAAGAGAUGAUGCUGACGAAGAACUUGGAGAUGGCCAAUCACACAAAUUCCUACGGGAUGGUGGCUCGUAGGUUUGACACCAGCGACUUCCAGGAUGAAAGCGUGCGGAGAAUCUUGAAUUCACUCGUCGAUCUUGAGAGAGCUGCUCUUCCUGAAGAACAACUUAAAGAGUACAACAAUUUGCUGGCAUCCAUGGAGACGCUGUACAGUGUAGCAAGAGUUUGCAAAAGUGAAUCGAAUUGCCUGCCUUUGGAUCCAGAUCUGAAUAAGAUCAUGGCACAGUCCAGGGACUAUGAUGAGCUGCUGUUUGCCUGGCAGGGCUGGCGUAACGCCUCGGGCAGAGAACUCCGCUCCAGCUACAAAAGAUAUGUGGAGCUUGCCAACUUUGCUGCACAGAGCAAUGGUCACACAGAUAACGGGGAGUCCUGGCAGUCUAUAUACGGGACCCCCACUUUUGAGGAGGAUCUAGAAGCUUUGUGGAAAGAUCUAGAACCGCUCUACCUUAAUCUUCACGCCUACGUGCGAAGAUCCCUACUUAAAAAAUACGGAGCGGACCACAUCAAUCUUAAAGGACCCAUUCCAGCUCAUCUUCUUGGAAACAUGUGGGCACAAACAUGGUCCGGUAUCAUGGACCUUGUCAUCCCGUACCCUGAUGCUACACAAGUAGAUGCCACACCAGCAAUGAUUUCCCAAGGUUGGACCCCUCUGCGCAUGUUCAAUGAAUCCGACCAGUUCUUCACCUCUCUGGGUCUUCUGCCCAUGCCGCCUGAGUUCUGGGAGAAGUCAAUGCUAGAGAAACCAACAGACGGCCGUGAGGUGGUGUGUCACGCCUCCGCCUGGGACUUCUACAACCGCAAAGACUUCAGGAUUAAGCAGUGCACGGUGGUGACCAUGGACGACCUCAUCACCGUCCACCACGAGAUGGGACACGUUCAAUACUUCCUGCAGUAUAAAGAUCAACCCAUCUCCUUCCGUGACGGCGCCAACCCUGGAUUCCACGAGGCCAUCGGGGAUGUUCUGGCCCUGUCAGUGUCCACACCCAAACAUCUUCAGAGCAUUGGCCUGCUGGAUAAGGUGGAGGACAACAAAGAGAGCACCAUUAACUUUCUGAUGAGCAUCGCGCUGGAUAAGAUCGCUUUCCUGCCGUUCGGUUACCUGAUGGACCAGUGGAGGUGGAAAGUGUUUGAUGGCCGGAUCUCCAGCGCAGAAUACAACAAAGAGUGGUGGAACCUCAGAAUGAAGUACCAGGGAUUGUGUCCACCUGUUUCUCGCACUGAGGAAGACUUUGAUCCCGGCGCAAAGUUCCACAUCCCAGCUAAUGUGCCUUAUGUCAGGUACUUUGUGAGCUUUGUUAUCCAGUUCCAGUUCCACAAGGCUCUGUGUGAAGCAGCGGGUCAGUCAGGUCCCCUCCACAACUGUGACAUCUACCAGUCCAAAGAAGCCGGGAAACUGCUGGGUGAUGUGAUGAAGUUGGGCUCCAGUAAGCCUUGGCCAGAAGCCAUGACUCUGAUCACCGGCCAGCCAAAGAUGUCUGUCCAGCCUCUGAUGGAGUAUUUCCAACCGCUCAUUGAGUGGCUGGAGGCGGAGAAUAAGAAGAACAAUGAAGUCCUGGGAUGGCCUGAAUACGACUGGACACCCUACAAAUCAGUGACCGUAGUGGAGGAUGAGACUCCAAAGCCAGUGAACUUUCUAGGUUUAAGCGCAAGUGAAUCUGGUGCUGCCGCCGGUCAGUGGAUUCUCCUCGUGCUGUCCGUCGUCUUUCUCAUUGCCAUCAUAUUUUUGGCAUACAAAUACAGCAAAUCCAGGCGCUUACAGGACAAAUCCAUGUCCCAGAUAGAGCUCAAGUAAAACAAAAAAGUUUUAUUAUUACCUUGGAGUCAUUAAAUUGUCCUCAUCUUUUGAAAGAAAAAAUCUAAUUCUUUUUAAUGUAAUGUAUAUUUAUUUCUGGUCAAAUUUGUUUGACUAUGCAAUGAAUUGUGACUGUUGUAAUUUAUUUGUACAAUUUUGAACUGUUUGACAGACUUUGAAUGUUUUCGAUUAUUUGUACUUUUUGCAUUUAUGACUAAUUUUACUGCUCUGGAUUUUUUUAGAAUAUAAACAAACGA